AUGUCUCUCCCGCUCUAUUCGGCUCCGUUUUAUCAGUGGUUCACUUCAUUUGCAACACAGAUCUUGCGGCUGCAACAACGUAAACCUGGCAUCCAUUUGCUUUAUCAGUCCUCAGCUCUCUAUGAUCAGAAUCUCGAUCUCAUCACGUCCUCCAAGAAGAAUCCGAAGCACGCCUUUUUGGCUACCAUCAACAAGGCUCUAUGUUUGGUAACAACACUCUUCCUGGCUUUUCGAGUAUUGGCACGGUUGCUUUCCUGGCAAUGGCUACGGCGGUUGCUCGACCGAUGCGAACUCAAUUCACCCUGA